CCUCAUAAACAGAAAGUUCAAAAUGGCUGAUUUGUUAGGAUCGAUUUUAGGUUCAAUGGAAAAACCUCCUUCUGUUGGUACAGCUGAACGCAAGAAAGCAAAAGCACAAAAGGCCAUGCUAGAGAAACAACAGGAAGCUGAGAAGAAAAUGUUGGACAACUUUCGUUUAAAGAUCCAGAAGAGAAUCCAUGAAUUUAUACAGGAUGGCAAGCAGGAGAAGCUUAAGCUGGAGCCUAUGGACAAGGUGUUCAGGGCCAUUGUACAUGAAGUUGCAGAGGUUGCUGGGUUGUCCUCCUUUUCCUUUGGUCAGGAGGAAGAAGACAGAUAUGUCAUGAUGUGGAAGAAGGAGUUUGCUCCCUGUGAUGAAGAGUUGCUGGCCUACAGGAAAGGAGAAGAGUGGGACCCAGAGAGGGCCAAGGAGUUGGCCAAACAAAAGGAGCUGUCAGACGCUGCCCAGCAGGAAUUACCUGCCAAGAGCAGCACACCUGCGUCUAAUUAUAGAGACAAGUACAAGCAUCUGAUUGGUGACGAGGCAGCUAAAGAUGCUGCCAGGGGUUUAGUUUCCAAUUCUUCAUACGGCUUUGUCCCCAGUAAAAACAAACAAGACCUUCGGACAAUUGAACAGGUGUUGGCAGACACACGAGCCAGGAAAAGACAAAAAGUUGACCACCAAACCUCCGCUGACCACCAAACCUCCGCUGACCACCAGACUUCAGCUGACCAGUCUGCCAUUGAUGGUACCCAGAGUUCUGCAGCAGAUUCUAGUUGAUGACAGACAUUGUUAGCGUGCAUG